AUGAACCGCGGCGGAGCUUCCAGAGGCAACCACAACGACAGUCGUACCACUGGUGGUCCGACGGAGGAAGUGAUCAAGUAUAGAGGAGUUCGGCGGCGGCCAUGGGGGAAGUUUGCGGCGGAGAUACGUGACCCUAACAGACAAGGAACUAGGGUUUGGCUCGGCACAUAUGCAACGGCGGAGGAGGCCGCCAGAGCCUACGAUAGAGCCGCCUUUGAUAUGAGAGGACACAUGGCGGUUCUUAAUUUUCCCAGUGAAUAUCCACCUACAUUCUCCGCUGCGGCUUACAAUGCUUCCUCCGCCAUGUCUGCCGCCUCAUCGGCGGCGGAGUCUUCUUCCGGCAGCACCACCGCCGCACACGGUAGAGAAGUUUUCGAGUUCGAGUAUUUGGAUGAUCAGUUGCUAGAAGAUCUUCUUGAUUACGAUAACAACAAAACCAAGAAAUGA